AAAUGAUUGGUGCGUCACAUCGACAAUUCGUGAAAAUUUUCAGAAGCGGUCAAAUCAAGACGUUUUUAGAUUUGAAUUCAGUUCAGCCACACCAUGUCUGGUAACGUCCAUUCUUCAAGUAACGAAGAUAAUGCCAUCGUGAUGAUGCAUGAUAUAGGACGAAUCUUCAAUGAUACUAUGUUAUCUCGAAGACUUACAAGUUGGGACAAUUUUGAGACCUGUUUGAAAGAAGUACAUAAGUAUACGCAUACUAAGUACGUUAUGUCAGUAUGCAAAAAGAACAGUGAUGAUCCAACUCCAGAGUACUUUUUCGUGAGAUAUGUCUGUACAUAUGGACGUAGACGCAGUUCGGUAGAGUCAGAUGCUUGCGUUCAGGAUGUAGAUGAUGAUAGUAAUAAUCAUUCUUCUGAAGAGCGUACAAUGUCUAACUCGCCAACACAACCUAGGCAAAGGAGACGACAUCGGUCAUCUACGUAUGCCUUACUUCAAAUGAAUUUAUCCUUAAGGUCGAAAUAUUGCGUUUCAAUGACUUCAUGCUGCCCUCUGGUCAUAUUUUGUAUGCACAUCCUAAAGAUCUGAUUCGUGGAGGUAUGUUUGUUCCUUUAUCUUUAUAAGUUUUGUAGGCUUAUUUCGACAUGGCAACCGAUGGACAAGAAAAUACAUAAUGGACCUAGUUCUUCGUGCGCUGGACAACAUCUCAAUCUCUACAGAGAGAUGAUCUGCUAGAGAAGUUCACUAGCAACUACCACUCAAUCCAUGCUCUUAGUGAACCUUUGGCAAGUAAACUCAUCCGUUCAUGCCUCGAAGCAUCGGAAGACAUAUGCGCACAAGUGAUGAGUUCAAUCGGUGCUAAUGAUGAAGCUACAACGUCAGAAUCCAUUGUUAAUACAGACCAUAGCUAUGCUUCUUGAUAACAAGAAGUUCUAAUAUUGUAAUCUUUUUAGUUUUACAUAAAUUCAUGUAUGUGGCCA